AUGGCAAAUACAUUACUUAUUCUCUUUCUCACGUUUUUUGUUCUAAUAAUGGCAGUAAAGGUGCAGAUGAAAACCACAUGUUUUUUUAAUCAAAGAUGUCGAUGUAAAACUUCAAAUAAAACAUAUGUCGAUGUUGAUUGUUCACAAGCAAAACUAAGGGAUAUACCUUACCUGCCAAGAAAUGUGAGCAGUGUUGAUCUAAGUUACAACUACAUAAAUAAAAUACCGGAACAUCAUUUUAAAUACAACGAUAUUUUAACUGAAAUAAACCUGUCAAAUAAUAGAUUACACUCUCUGAAUAAGGAGAUGUUUUAUGGACUGAAUGGUAUUUUGAAGCUUCAGAUGAACAAUAAUAAUAUUACAAAAUCAACUGAAGAUGCGUUUUUAUAUCUACGAAAACUAUCAUAUUUAGAUGUUAAGGUGAAUAAUAUAAGCUGGAGCAAUUACAACGUUACAUUUCCGCCAUUUUUACUCACAUUGAAGAUUGAUUUCAAUGCGUCUAAAGAAAUCAUCCCUGAAAUUCCUCAUUUAGAGACUCUGGACGUUUCUGGAUUAUCUGGGCACUGUUACGUACCCACCGUGAAAGCGGAUACGUUUAGAUCUGUGCCAACAAUACAUGAGUUAGAUAUUUCUGCUUGUCGUGUAAAUAACGUAUACAAUGGAUCAUUCAGCUUUAUGCGAAAUUUAUCAAUGCUAGAUAUUUCUUUUAACACAUGUCUAAGGUUUGAUGGUUUGGAAAAUGUGACAGUUGACCUUCCAUUUACUUCGAUAAAAAUUCUGAAAUUUAAUAAAAUUCAUAAGACAUUUCAAAUGAAUACGAAAGUUUUGAAGCAGCAUUUUUUGCAUUUAAGAUAUACAAACUUGCAAGAAAUGCAUGGUGAUAGUAAUAGAAUCCAGCUUUUUGAAGAUGGAGCUAUACAGCAACUUCCAUUUUCCAUUCGAAAAAUCUUUAUGUCCGACAAUGAAAUUUCGUAUGGCCAAUAUCUUUUCGAUGUGAUAGCUUUGCAGAUUGAAUUUGUAAAUGUUUCGCUUUUGUUCAGUUCGCGAAGGAACAAUGAACAUGAAGAAAUGUGCGAGCGUCCUGAUGAAUCCUGUUGUAAUCAAGUUUGUAAACCAAUUCAUACACCUGAUGAAACAAUAUUACGAUAUAACACUCCUUGGAGAGUAUUGCCAAUUCCUCGAAAACUAAAAACAGCUCUUUACAAAGAAUGCUAUCUUCGCUAUGAAAUUCCGCAGUUUACAGUUUCCGAAAACAUAGUAGAAUAUGUAGAUCUAAGUUAUAAUAUUUUCUAUUCGUGGAUAGGUCCACUUCUUACAUUUGAUCAUGUUCUAUUUUUAGAUUUGUCUAAUAACAUAUGUUCGAAUGUGUCAAAGGUAUUUUUUAAAAGCGUCCCAAAUGUGACAACAUUACUCGUACAAAAUAAUCUACUUGGAUUUGUACUUCCGGAUGACAAUGAAGGGGAAAUAAUGGAGCAUAUGCCAGCCCUUCAAAUCGUUAAUUUGGCAGAGAAUAGGAUUCCAAGUUUACCGUAUAAUUUUUUUAAGUCACAGGCGAAUGUAAUAGACAUAAAAUUAGGAGGAAAUAUGAUGGAUGAUAUUACCUUCCAAAUGAACCACAUGAAAAAGUUGUCACAUUUAGACAUUUCUAAUAACAGAAUUUCUAGUGUAGGUGCACAUGCUCGCGGUCAUUUAGAAGAAGUCUACAAAGUGAAAAACAAUGUUUCCAUUGAUAUAAGUGGGAAUCCGCUAAAAUGUAGUUGUGAUACAAUAGACUUUAUUAAGUGGAUGUCAACAACAAAAAUCACGAUUCACAAUAAACACAAAACCUCAUGCCUGACGUCUGACGGGCACACAGAAUCAUUACGGAAACCAAAUAGAAUCUUUGAAAAGCUUCAAAUGGAAUGUUCGUCGUAUUCGUCUUUGAUUGUUGGCACAGUAGCAUCAUUAGUCUUUUUUUUGUUUAUUCUAAUUUGGGGCAUAUGUUACCGCAAUAGGUGGCGCUUGCGAUAUAUGUAUUACAUGGUCAAAAAUAAAUAUCAAGUGCAAAAUAAAGGAAACUACGACAAUGACAGCCAAUAUGAGUACGAUGCUUUUAUAUCCUACGACAACAGCGAUAGAUUUUUCGUUCAUGACAAACUUUUGCCUUGUCUAGAACGCGAAGCUGGAUUGAAGCUGUGUAUCCAUAAAAGAGAUUUUCUACCUGGAAAUGAUAUUGCGGGGAACAUAACAUCUGCAAUUCACAACAGCCGAAAAGUGGUAAUUGUAAUGUCACAUAAUUAUCUAGAUUCGUACUGGUGUAUGUUUGAAUACAACAUGGCAAAAGUGGAAAGCAUUUAUUCCAGAAAUAAAGAAAACAUAUUAUUUCUAGUAUUUCUAGAGCAAAUGUCACCAAAAGAUUUACCAAUGAUGGUUUUAGAGUUAGUUCAAUCCCAUUCCUAUAUCGAAUAUCCCAACGAUGAAUUUGGUGACACAGUGUUUUGGAAUAAAUUAAAGGAAGUUUUAUCGCAGUAACCACUUUUCCUCUCUUCUCAUGUUCAGCUAGUCACUUAAACACUAAAUAUAUACAUGGUUUAAGGUAUUUCCGCAUGUAUAGAUAUUUCAUACGCUUAUCCAUAUAAACUUUGUAUCAAUA